AUGUCGUCGUUCGCGACCCAACUAGAUACAUUGCUUGCGGAGUACGACCGUGAAAUAAUGCCAGCUACACCUGUUCAAAUAAAAGCGGCAUUGGACGUGCGACAUGCAGCAGUCUACGAAAGAACUGCCACAGUCCGCUUGCUUGCAGAUUUACACUUGAGCUGGGAAGACAAGCGCAUAUCCUGGAACGCAACAGAGUGGGGUUGCGACAGUUCCCUCGCCUCUGCAGAUCGUCUCUGGCUGCCUGAUGUUGGAAUCCUUAGCGUGGGCACUUUGGAGAGCGAAGACGAUAACAAUCUGCGUGCUAGGCUCUCCAAUGACGGCCGUAUCUCCUGGAUUUUGCGUCUGGAUAUAUCAUCGCCUAUCACUCUCCAAUUAACGAACUGGCCUCGUGACCAACAAGUUGUGUUCUUUAAGUUCGGAUCACGAUCUCAUUCCACAGAUGAAAUGCAGUUGCAGAUAAGCGAUCUACAGCAUGCGACGGUGUUUGAGUCUGGCGCGUGGGAACUGCUACGAGUAAGGGGCACAGAAGCAUCGUGGGAUGGAAGUGGCGUUGAAAGACGAGUAGUGACCUGGUCCGUGACGCUGCAGAGACGUGCAGCGGCGCACGCGCUAGCUGCUACUACUGUUUUUACUGCUAGUGUCCUGCUGUUGAUUGCUGCUACAUUCCUUCCACCUGCCACUAGACUGCCUUUGUGUGCAGCCUCCGCUACUACUGCUUCAUUGUGGUUGAUAUCAGCGUUAGUUCGGAUCCCCGGCGCGUCGUCAGUGCCCAGAGCAAUGUCCUUGUUGAGCACCACUUGCGUGUGCGCAGGCGUCGCCGCUGCCUGCUCAGCAAUGGUGAUUCGUGUAGCGCGCUGCACUGAACCACCGCCGCAAGUUCUACGUUCGUUAGUUACAGCCGCUUCUAAUAUUAUUAAACUUACACCUCCUGAGGGUUCUCAAGCAGAAUGCAGCGCGUGGGCAGCGGCUGCUAAACUUCUCGACUACUUGCUGCUCGCGUUGCUACUCUUCACACUUACUGUCGUAGUUUGUAUCUACCUUUAA